AUGCAGGUAGACCAGCAGGUAGACCUGCAGGUAGACCAGCAGGUAGACCUGAAGGUAGACCAGGAGGUAGAUCUGAAGGUAGACCAGCAGGUACACCUGAAGGUAGAUCUGUAUGUAGACCAGCAGGUAGACCUGAAGGUAGACCAGGAGGUAGACCUGAAGGUAGACCUGAAGGUAGACCAGCAGGUAGACCUGCAGGUAGACCAGCAGAUAGACCUGAAGGUAGACCUGAAGGUAGACCAGGAGGUAGACCAGCAGGUAGACCUGAAGGUAGACCUGAAGGUAGACCAGCAGGCAGACCUGAAGGUAGACCAGCAGGUAGCCCUGAAGGUAGAACAGAAGGUAGACCUGAAGGUAGACCUGCAGGUAGACCAGCAGGUAGACCUGAAGGUAGACCAGGAGGUAGACCUGAAGGUAGACCAGCAGGUAGACCUGAAGGUAGAUCUGAAGGUAGACCAGCAGGUAGACCUGAAGGUAAACCAGGAGGUAGACCUGAAGGUAGACCUAAAGGUAGACCAGCAGGUAGACCUAAUGGUAGACCAGCAGGUAGACCUAAAGGUAGACCAGCAGGUAGACCUGCAGGUAGACCAGGAGGUAGAACUGAAGGUAGACCAGCAGGUAGACCUGAAGGUUGACCUGAAGGUAGAUCUGCAGGUAGACCAGCAGGUAGACCUGAAGGUAGACCAGGAGGUAGACCUGAAGGUAGACCUUAAGGUAGACCAGCAGGUAGACCUGAAGGUAGACCAGCAGGUAGACCUGAAGGUAGACCAGCAGGUAAACCUGAAGGUAGACCUGAAGGUUGACCAGCAGGUAGACCUGAAGGUAGACUAG